AUGGCUGUUCCCCCAGAAGUUGUUAAGAAGAUCGAAGAUGGUUACGCCAAGCUUCAGAGCUCUCCAGACUGCCACUCUCUCUUGAAGAAGUACCUCACCAAGGAAGUUGUUGAACAACUCAAGAACAAGAAGACCGCUCUUGGAGCUAAUCUUCUCGAUGUUAUCCAAUCAGGAGUUGCCAACUUGGAUUCCGGAGUCGGAGUUUACGCUCCAGAUGCUGAGGCUUACACCCUCUUCAAGCCACUCUUCGACCCUCUGAUCGAGGAUUACCACAAUGGAUUCGCUCCAAGCCAGAAGCAACCAGCUACUGACCUCGGAGAGGGAAAGACUUCCCAACUCGUUGAUCUUGACCCUGAAGGCAAAUUCAUCAACUCCACUCGCAUUCGCUGUGGACGUUCUCUUGCUGGAUACCCAUUCAACCCCUGCUUGUCCGAGGCUAACUACCUCGAGAUGGAAGGAAAGGUCAAGAAAAUCUUCGAGAACAUCAAGGAUGAUGGACUUCAGGGAACUUACUAUCCCCUCGAUGGAAUGACCAAGGAUGUCCAAAACCAACUCAUCAAGGAUCAUUUCCUCUUCAAGGAGGGAGAUCGUUUCCUCCAAGAGGCCAACGCUUGCCGUUAUUGGCCCAAGGGACGUGGUAUCUUCCACAACAAGGAAAAGACUUUCCUCGUCUGGUGCAAUGAAGAAGAUCACCUCCAAGAUCACCUCCGUAUCAUCUCCAUGCAAGAGGGAGGAAACGUUGGACAAGUUCUUGAGCGUCUUAUCAAGGGAGUCAAGACCAUCGAGGCCCAAGCUCCAUUCAGCCGUGACGACCGUCUCGGAUGGCUCACCUUCUGCCCAUCCAACCUUGGAACCACCGUCCGUGCUUCUGUCCACAUCCGUCUUCCCAAGAUCUCCAAGAAGCCAGAUUUCAAGACCAUCUGCGAUGGACUUAAGCUUCAAAUCCGUGGUAUCCACGGAGAACACUCCGAAUCUGAGGGAGGAGUUUAUGACAUCUCCAACAAGGCUCGUCUUGGACUUACUGAGUUCGAGGCUGUCAAGCAGAUGUAUGAUGGAAUCAAGUACCUUAUUGAGCUUGAGAAGAAGGCUUAA